AUGGCCAUCAACGCCACCGAAGCCAUCGAGACCCCUCCCCGUCCUCCUUCACCCGUCCACCGCUUCGGCACGCUUGCCGUGCACGCCGGCGCACCUCAUGACCCUCACACCGGCGCCGUCAUCCAAUCCAUCUCCCUCAGCACAACCUUCGCCCAAAGCUCCGUGGGCAAGCCGAUAGGCGAGCAUGAGUACACCCGCUCCUCCAAUCCCAACCGCGCCGCCUUCGAAACGGCCAUCGCACACCUGGAGCACGCGCGAUACGCCCUAGCAUACUCCUCCGGCUCCGCCACCACGGCCAACAUCCUGCAGAGUCUGGCAACUGGCAGCCAUGUCGUCUCCGUGUCCGACGUCUACGGCGGCACGCACCGCUACUUCACCAAAGUCGCCUCCGCCCACGGCGUUCGCGUGACCUUCACCCCCUCCAUCGAACUCGACGUCGAAGCGCUCAUCACCCCCGAAACCAAACUCAUCUGGAUCGAAACUCCCUCAAACCCCACCCUCUCCCUCACCGACAUCCGCGCCGUAGCCGACAUCGCGCACCGCACGGGCAUCAUGGUCGUAGUCGACAACACCUUCCUCUCCCCCUACAUCCAAAACCCGCUCGACCACGGCGCCGACAUCGUCAUCCACAGCGUCACAAAGUACAUCAACGGCCACUCCGACGUACUGAUGGGCGUCGCAGCCUUCAACUCCGACGACCUGUUCGAGCGGCUGAAAUUCCUGCAAAACGCCAUCGGCGCCGUCCCCUCCCCCUUCGACUGCUGGCUCGCCCACCGCGGCGUCAAGACACUGCACCUGCGCGCCCGCGAAGCAUCCAACAACGCCGCCCUCGUCGCCGCCGCUCUCGAAGCCUCCCCGCACGUCCUCGCAGUCAACUACCCAGGCCUCACCUCGCACCGCCAACACGCCAUCGCGCUCAAACAGCACCGCGACGGGCUAGGAGGCGGCAUGCUCAGUUUCCGGCUGCGCGGCGGCAAAGCAGCCGCCGACCGCUUCUGCGAGGAGACGCGCAUCUUCACGCUCGCGGAGUCGCUGGGUGGCGUCGAGAGUUUGUGCGAGGUGCCCGGCAGCAUGACGCACGCGGGCAUUCCGAAGGAGCAGCGGGAGGCGGCGGGGGUGUUUGAUGAUUUGGUGCGGUUGAGCUGUGGGGUGGAAGACGGGCAGGAUCUUGUGGAGGAUGUGCUGCGCGCGAUUACGAAGGCGAUAGGGACGAGUAAGGGGGCGGCAAAUGGGGUGAGGAAUGGACAUUUACACGUUUAG